GUUUGUUGUCAGUACUUAACACCUUACGGAGUAUCGUACCACUUCCGCAGAUUACUGCAACCACACUCACAAUGACAUCGCCAGGACGGACCCAUAUCCCUUGGCAAGACCAAGCUGGUCAGAUAACCGAGCUAAUUAGCUACAUCGGCUACCUGGAGGCCAAGGUUUCCUAUCUCCAGCAGCACCAUGAGUGUUGCACUCCCUGGGCCGUCCCGGAUCCUAUGAUCCUGGUUCCGGACGUGCCAUACCUCCCCCCCGAGAUGGUAGUGGACUUCGAGUCCAGUGAUCUCGUAGAAUACCAAGUUAAUCAACCUCCAGCUCUUCAGAUCGCAGCCACAUCACCAACGUCAGCCAAGCCACCUCAAAAGUCCCCGCCGGGAAAUAACCCUAGAUGGAAACGGAUCGUCGACCAGAUCACUGCAGGGUGGGACGAUCCACGAGGCUGGACCCUCAAACGAGUCACUUGUGGUCUAGACUCCGUAGACCAGAACAACCGCGCCCUCACGCUCAUCCUUGGGCUGCAAAACUGCAUCCCUUCUGAAUGGGCCCAGACUCCUGGCUCCUCUCUUCUCCUAACCGAGGAGAGGCGCCCCGGUAUGAAUACCAAGGACGCAUUGAUCUUAUCUGCACGUCAGUAUGCAUUGGAUACCAAGGCUUCGGGCACAAACACGAUGUUUGUCUCGCAGAUUCAUAAUUUCAGAGAGCUGGUGUUUGCUAGCUUAUGUGUAGUUAUGGAGCAUCAAGGGCUACCGAUAAAUACCAUCAAUGAUUUGAUGAGGAUAUGUAUGUCAAGCUCUGGGGCAGCGAACCUGUACCGUCUGAGGAGAGGUGCGCUGUGGGUGAACCGAGUGAUCAGAGGUCUGAUUAUACGAGGAUGGGGCCAUGGGGCCACUGAGCUAUUCUUCCUGUCCGGACGGCCAGUAUCCCAAUAUGGCCUACUUUGGGAAGCGUGCAUGCACUCCUUUCCGUAUCUAAGCCAGGGGCUUGAGGAUAUCCGUUGUGGGCUCGACAAGCCUCUUGAUAAGGAGGGGUGGAUUCCGUUCUUCAUCCCAGUCAUCAUCAAAGGGCUGGUGGGGGACGCUCUGACACUUGGACAAAUUACCCUGGCUCUGGAUUAUUCAGACGAGUCCCUGGCUAAACUCAACAUAGACAUGACAUGAUCGACGAAUGGUAAACUGUAUUUUGGCACCAUGGAUAUAAAGGUUCAGCAUUAAAUGUAUGGUGCUCGUUGGGACGCGGAACUUGGAGCUUUUCAUUUACCUAUUACCAUGUGAUAAUCAAUUCGUAAAUUAAUCAGCAGCAAUAGGGGAUGCGAUCUAUGCCUGAUUUAAAUAAUCUUUCGGAGGCAUGCUUAAAAAUGGCCAAAACAAGACACUGCCGAGCGAUUCAAGAGACAGAGAAAGGAUCUCGACAUUAAUUAGCUUGCAGCGAGUCUGUGUUCGGCUUGAAUUCUAAAACGUUCUUCGC